GUGAUUGACCGACAGUCACUUACCUAAACGGAACAAUGUAAGCUAGCCCGGCGUAAACAACCGUCCAGGUUUCGGGGGAAAACUACACAAAAAAACGACACAAUGACAUGAGUUAAGAAGUCUCCAUUCUCCUUCUGGACCACACCUAACACCGGAGCACACCUCCCCUUGAGCCGGAGCUGUGUCCCAAUGGAGCCGGCGAUGCAUGCUUUUGGCUGCGAGGCCGAGACCUCGCUUCAGGACCUCUUCGAGUACUUCAAGAGGUGCCUGAGGUGUGGCGAGUGGGAGCUGGCAAGCGCUUGCGUGCCUCAGCUGGUCAAGUCCACAGGACACUCGGAGAAGCUGCGGGAAAUACUCAAGGCCGCUGUUUGUCAUCCUUACAAGUUCAAGUGGGAGUCUGUGGGCAGUCCACACAUGCUGGCAUGGUUUUGGCUUCAGGUUUUGGAGAAACAGACGGAAGAGCGGGUUCCUUCCAGCGUCAAAAGAGAGUUGGAGUUCCUCCUUUUAUUGGAACAUCUGUGGUCAGAAAGCAUCGAGGAGCCUCUCCUUAAGCAGGUGCAGCGGGCGUUUGCGGCCACAGGCCCCGCCGAAGGUUUGACGUCCGCACAAGCUGCCGUGGAGUGUUGUCUGCAGGCGUUACUGGAGAAGAAGCGGCCCCGACUCGCUCAGUCUCUCACGCAUUUCUUCCAGGAUGAGCCAAGCAUCAACGACGCGGCCCUGCAGCACGUGUUCAUCCGCCACCUGCUGGACAAACUAGCAAAGCCAGAGACCAGAGCGGAGAGGACUGACGAGUGGGUGGAGGAGAUCUACGCCGUGUUGGCUGUGAUGCCGUGGAACUCUGGUGCCGUCAGAGGCCAGUUGGAGGCACUGUGUGAAGCACUGUGGGCGGCCAGAGAUGGGCCCCUGGCAGAGGAGAGGGUCCUGAGCGCGCUGCUGCGGCCGCAGUGCGACGUUCUCGUGUCGGCGUACGGCUCGGCCGCGCUGAGGCUACAGAGGGAUCAUCUGCUGAGGAGCGCGCCUGAUUCCCAAGCGCACCUGCCCGAAGCAGAGAAGCUGGCCCUCAGUCUGUGUUGCCAUAAGAAUCGUGCAUCUGUGUGGAAGAUGAUUUACUUCGAGUGCCUUAGUAGCAGAAAGCACUUUCUUGAGCAGGUCUUGGUUACCGCACUUGACCUGAUCAAACACGAGGAGUUUACCCAGCUGAGAGAAAUGCUUCGCUCCGAAUUCCAGCCUUUGUGUCGCCUGCUGCUGCUGCUGGGAUGGACGCAUUGUCACAGUCUGAGCUCGGCUCAAACGCUGCUCGCCGUCCUUCAUCAUCAGCAGGCAUCGGCCAAUGAUUGUGUCCUGCAAGACUUUGCCAACCUUUUGUCGUCCCAGCUUAGAAUUCUUGAGUGGUGUAAAAACAACAACCCAGGUCUCUCCAUGGAGGCUUUGCUGGCACAGCUCCACGCUCUUGACAACCACUCAGCCCUCUACAUUCUGCAUUCCUUGACUCCACUGGCUCGCUUUGAAGAGCAGCGCAUACUGGAUCUGCUGCAGCGAGCGCCAAAUUCACCAGGAAGUGCGGACACUGAGGCCAAUUGUCCUCUAAGUCCUGCUGCACAGAGGAACACAAUUUUGUUUCAGGGCUUCUGCACCAUGAAGUACGCCAUCUACGCUCUGUGUGUAAAUGCACAUAAGUACUCAGGAUGCAGUAAGUGCCGACCCAAGCAGCAGGAGGAAUCGGAGCCCAGCCUUGACACGUCUUUCUCAGAAGAUCACAACUUGCUCUUCCAGCACUACCUUUCAGAGUGCCAACUGUAUCUGGAAGCUGUGCCCGCCAUGUUUCGCUUGGAGCUGCUGGAGAACAUCUUCUCACUUCUCUUCCUUUCAAGCGCCGACUUUGCCCCGCGAAGCUCCAAAGAUGUGACUAUAAACGCAACCAAUGCCGAAGCCAGAAAAAGUCAAACAGAGGAGGACCUCACGCACGGCUUAGGUGGCCGCCGUGCUUACCUGGACCUGGGCCACUAUGUCCAGGGCUGCAGGGGCUUCCUGGCGGAUGUGGUGGCCAUGGAGGGGUUUCUGAAGCUUCUUAAAGAAGGGCUGGAGGGCAUGUGCUUGCUCGGCCAGCAGGAAGGGCAGGAGACGGGUACAGCGCUCCACAGAGAGGCGGAGGUGGCGGAGAGCGUGGGCUGCUCUGUGGUGGCCGGCACGUUUGGCGCCCGCUUGCAGAGGUUAUCCAAACGCACCGCCGAGGCUCAGUGGAGGCUGCAGAUCAUCACCAGCAAUCAUGGCAGUGGAAGUGGGUUAGAAGGUCCCCUACGCUCGUCAGGCAUCAGUGGUCUCUCUUCUUUGGAACGCAGCAAGAGCUCCAGUUUGAGGCGAAGCAAGAAAGCUACACCGAGACAAGCUAUGGAGAAACACAAUGGAGAAGUUAGCACAAUUACUUCAGAGGAAGGACGAGCGCACGGCGAAGGUGUUUUGUAUCCGCCAUCCUGUCCUCACAGCUGGUUGAUCCCCGCCAUGUUGUCUCCUCCGGAAUCUCUGCUCAUGUCCUGCAUCCGCCGCGGUAACUUCAUGGAAGCACAUCAGGUGUCUCUCGUGUUCGACCUGGAGGCGUCGGCCUCCUGCGGGGAGCUGGCCUUCAUGGAGUGCUACAAAGAAGUCCUGGUGGAGCUCGGCCGGGUGGAGCAGAAGAUGGAGAGCCAGCCCUUGUCGUCGUCCUCGUCAUCCUCUGAGGGGUUGGCAGCCACGUCUGGAACGGGUCGGAGCAGGCUGGGCAGCAGCGGACUCUUGACGCUGCAGGCUAUAGGAAGUGCUGCGGCCGCAGGUGUGGCGUUCUACUCCAUCUCCGACAUAGCCGACCGCCUCCUCAGCACGCCGGCUCACCCACUGCCGUCCCUGGAAGAAGGCUACUGGUUGAGCAGGUGCUCCCCUAAGCCAACUGGGCCGGCGGGCACGCUGCUGGAAGAGCUCAGCCCGCCCGCCAUGGCCGCCUUUGACUUGGCAUGCUGUCACUGCCAGCUUUGGAAGACGUCCCGGCAGCUGCUCGACACCGCCGAGCGUCGCCUCAGUACCAGCCUGGAUGCUCGAGGAGUGACAGCGGAGCCCAAAAUCCUUGCUUUCCACAACAUUGGUGGAUUUCCCGGGAUUUUACAACAGAUCAGCAAAAUUCUUAACCAUUCUACCACCAAUAAUAGCACAGUCAAGACGUCAGAGGAUGCCGCCGAGGAACCAGCCUUCGCCAGUCCAUUUGGCUGCUGCAUCCAAGAAGUGCUGCUCUGCUGCCACCCGGCGCUGAGCGAAGAGUGCAUCGCCGCCCGACUCGGUCUGAACCGGCAUUUGGAGAACACCCUGCAGGCACUGAGUUCUUCCAGCGACGGAGCAGAAAGCAGCAUGGUGGCAUCAAGUUCUCUCGUGUCGCUGCUGGUGGAUCAGGCCAACCUGAAGCCACUGGAGCUGGACGCUCACCCGGUGCGCUCCGGCAUGCAGCAGCUGCUCCGCUCUCUGGACCAGCUGUGCCCCUUCGAACCCGACGGCGAGCUCGACCGGCCUGACUUUGUGCGCACUUUUCUCAACUACGUCAACACGCUGGCGGCUGUGCUGGUGCGCAGUCUCGCCGCUGAUGACCAGAGCAGUGAGGUCAAGCUGGGGAAUCCAUUGUUGGUGUUGCUUCAAGAUCCAGCUCAGCUUCUCUCUCACCUGCUGUUUGAGCGACAGGUGUCUCCUGACAGGCUGCUGUCACUUCUGCGAGAGUCGGGGCUUCGCCUCAGCGUGCAGCAGGUGAUCGUCCAGCGCUGCUGCAACAUCCUGCCCGUGUGGGCAUCCUUUCCAAACCCACACCGAGACCAAGACUCCAGUCAAGCAAAAAAGGAAGGCGCUGUGUUCGGUGUGGACGCUCUGUCCUCGCUGCUCCAAAGACACGCUAAGGAGCACGUAUCCACGCUCAUGAUGGUCGACCUUCAGUCCGACGUCAGCUCUGAUUCGUCGUCCGCAGAGGAAAACUCCGCCGCGACCGCCAACCUUUCCGCCUCGCUCUCCUCCUCCCCCGCCUCGUCUUUCCUGCUCACGCCCUCCGCCCUGGCUUUCCUCAAGUCUCGCUUUCCUCUGGUGGCCCUGCUGGCGUGCAUGAGCGCUUGCAAAGGCGAGAGCGCCCGCUCCCAGCCCUUGGGAUGGUCCGGAUAUUUCCGCGCCGGCCGCAAAGAGGCCGUGCUGGAUGGAGAUCAGAUCGCCAAGGAAGCUGACAACCUCCUAAAAGACUUCCCCAUCCUGCGGGCGUACCUGCAAACCAUGGCAGAACCUGUGCUUGGGGCCUCCUUCUCUGACGGCGACGACGGUUCCGCAGGACUCGGAGGGUUGGUGUGCGGGAAGCCAAUCCUCAGUCUCCUGCUGGCUGGGCCUCAGGAGGAAGUCGCCCAGGCCGCAGCGGCCGAGGCUUUCCAGCAGGCGCUGUGCUCCAAAGACCUGCACCGAGCACUCAGGCUGCUGGAGCUAUACGGGCCUGACUGCCACCAGCAGGGGGCGCUGAGGGACCGACUGCUAGCCUGGGCUGCCUUAGAGGGUGAGGAGGAAGGCGUGGGCCACUUGUUUCGGGUGCAAGAUGCCAACUUGCGCGCCCGUGUCUCCCUGCAAGCCACUGCGUGUUGGCCCUUGUCGUCUUGUUUGGAGCUGCUCGACUUCUGCUUGGACGACGGCGACACGGAGGCCUCCCUGAGAGCAGACCUGCAGCUGAAGAGGAACGAGCUGGACAUUUAUCGCCGGAUGUUGGCGCUACAGCCGCCGUUGCCAUGGGUAACGUGGCAGGAGCUGAGGGCCAAGUCGAAGUCAGACUCCGAAUCUAUGCUGGCCAGGAUGCUAGAGGCCAAGGAGUUCACACUUUGUGCACAGUGGGCGGAGCUUUAUCCCGUUAGCGAGCAGUCGAGACUGCAGCUGCAGACGGAGCAUUUGCUUCAUUUACUGGAGAAGGAACAAACCGAUGAAGCUUUCCAGCUUCUUGAGGGUCUGGCGUGCGGCCUGGACGUCUGCGAGCGAGCGUUGGACUGCCGCCCGGGCUUGGCUGCUUGUCACUUCCUGGCCGACUACCUCACGCUGCAUUUCCAGAGGCAGGUGUCUCCAGCACGGCGACAGCAUAUCCACACCCUCCAUCUUGGGUCAAAGGUGAUGCUGACACUGCCGCCGGCCGCCAGGCAAGACUAUUUCCCGCUGCUGUCGAAGCCCUUGCUGAUGUUGGAGCAGCUUUUGAUGAACCUGAAGGUGGACUGGGCCGACAUGGCAGUACGGACCCUGAGGAGCCUCCUGGCCGUCCAUGAAGCGGGCUUCGUGGUGGAUGACAUCGACAAGCUUCUGGCGGAGUACGCCGGCAAGGCCCUGGACUUCACUUGCGCGCCCAGAGAGAGGUCUAGAUCCGACUCUGUCAUCAGCCUGCAGGAUGCGCUGAUAUCUCAGUGUCCGGCUCAGGACAGCAGCACCCUAUCGUGCAGUCGACUCGACUCGCCAACACCCACCGCCAGCAGCACGCCCAUGCACACACCCUCGUCAAACAACAACAACAACGACAAAGAGCGGGACCGCGGCUCAACGGGGAGAAAACACUCCUCUCUUGCCAAGUUCCAGCCUCCGGAUCAACCCCCGGCCCAGAAGGACUGGGUGCCCGACACCCAACAGCAUGUUUGCAUGGUGUGCAGGCGCGAGAGAUUCACCAUGUUCAACCGACGCCAUCACUGUCGAAGGUGCGGCCGCUUGGUUUGUCACGCUUGUUCAGAGCGUAAGAUGCCUGUGGAGGGAUGUCCCGCGGAGGUCAGAGUCUGUGACCCGUGUUAUUCCUACUUUCACCCAGAUUCUGAUGAGGAGCUGGAACCAAGUGAAGCAGCGAGCCCCGCCAUGACGGAAGACCUUCUGGACGGCAUGUUGCAGCUGCCUGAGGUGUCCCCGAGGCAGUUCCUGCUCUCUGCGGAUGCGACGGACAACCAGCUGUUGCGGAGCGAGUUCUACUACGAGCAGGCGCCCAGUGCACAUCUCUGCGUGGCCAUCUUGUCCCUGCACAGCGACCAGGCAACAUGUGGCCACCAGCUCAUCGACCACUGCCGCUCGCUCUCCAGGAAGCUGACCAACCCGGAGGUGGACGCUUGCCUGCUGACGGACAUAAUGCGGCGGCUGCUCUUCAGCGCCAAGCUGAUGUUCGUCAGAGUCGGACACAACCACGACCUCGCCCUGUGCGACAGUUACAUCAGCAAAGUCGACGUCCUGAAGAUUUUAGUGGCGGCAAAUUACAAGCAUAUUCCUUCCCUGGACGACAUCCUGGAGACCUCGGCGGUGACGCGGCUUCGAAACCAGCUCUUGGAGGCGGAGCAUUACCAGCUAGCAGUGGAGGUGUCCACCAAGAGCGGUCUGGACCCCGGCGCUGUGUGGCAAGUCUGGGCCAUGGCCUCAUUGAAGGCGGGCAACCUCACUGGGGCUCGGGAGAAGUUUGCCCGCUGCCUGAAGGCUCCCGUGGACCGGAACCAACUCAACCAGGGCCCUACCCUGCUCCAGGAGAUUGUGAAACACCUGGAGACCAGCGUGAGGCCUACACUGUCCAAGUCUUUUAGCGAGGACAUCUUGGCCUCACUGUAUGAGCUGGAGGAGGCUCUUACUGAGCGCGGCCCUGCGGAGCGAGCGGACUCCCAGAACCAGCGGAGCGUCCUCCAUCAGGAGUGCCUGUACUACCUGAACACAUACGGCACUCUCUUGGCGCGCGUCAGCUUCUACAUGCGCCAUGACAGCAUGACCGAAGCGCUCUCGUUACUCCUCAACAAGGACUCCCCCGAGGACGUGUUCCUGGAGGGCGUGCUACAGCCCACUCUGGAGAGAGGACGCUUGGGGACGUUGCAGGACAUCCUGGAAAAACUGGACCCCGGUCUGGAAAGCUGCAGCCGCUAUCUCAUCGCCUCCUGCCAGUUCCUGCAGCGGCGAAGCUACUUCCACACGCUCUAUCAGCUGCAGCAGUUCAUGAUGGAUCAUGUGCGUGCGGCUAUGACCUGCAUACGGUUCUUCACACAUGGAGCCACUUCUUACCAGCAGUUGGGGGACCAACAGCGCUGGUUGGUGCGAGCCAAAGAGCACCUGAGGACGUACUUGCAGGAGCAGCAAUGUCGCGGCGGCGGCAGGAGGAAGUCUCAAGCGGCCUCGUUCAGGAAGAUGAUGUCAUCGGGCGACGUCACCAGACACAUGAACACCAUCGAGCUGCAGCUGGAGGUCACCCGCUUCCUGCACCGAUGCGAGGCGGCGUCUCCCGCUGGAUCCGGUCCCCUUCCCACCUUGUUCGGAGGAAACCCCAUGAAGGCAGAGGUGGCCUGCAAGGUGAUGCUCGGCGGUAAAAACAUCGAAGAAGGCUUCGGCAUUGCAUACCGAGUCAUACAGGACUUCCAGCUGGAGGCCCAGGGCGUGUACGUGCGGGCCGGCCAACGCCUCGUCCGUCACAGGAAGUUCGGCGCCGUGCGGCAGUUGCUCAAGUGUGUCAUCGAGUCCGGCAUGGCCACCAAGAGCGACGGCGACGCGCUCAUCCUCAGCUGCGUCGCCGUGGCGGAUAAAGGACCGGCGGACGCCAAAGAGUUGGAGAGUCUCAUCCUGGAGACCAAGAGCCCAGAAAACAAGAUCAAGGCGUACCUGCAGUGCAACAAGCUGCGGCCGGCCUACCUGCUGGCGGUCAAACUGGAGGCGAGCCGGGCCGGUCCGCUGGUGCAAGACGUGCUGCGGGCGGCGGAGGGAGCGCAGGACUCGGUGAUGCAGAACAUCUGCCGCCAGUGGCUCCUGGAGCACCACAACAAGGCCGGCCCGCAGCGAGCGGCGCGGGCCAACAACGCUAGGUAACGACACGUCCACACACCUGGGGGGACUCCCUGGCCAGGUGCCAUUUUUAGACGGAUCCAAUUAAACCUACGCCUUUUAAAACGCUACACACAACAAAGGAGCCCUAAGAAGUCACGGAGACAACCUUUUUUAAAUUCCGUUACCAUGACGACCGUAAUGAUGCAGGUGCUUACUCUACCUCGGCUAAAAGGGAACGUAGCUUAGCUCACAAAUCAUGUGAUACUUCCUCCACACCACACUCGUCCAAGAAUGUUCCCUCAGGUGUUCCCAAAAAAUUGGUGAAUGUGUACUUACUGCUUGCUCAACUCAAUGACUCCUUUAAAAAUCAUGCUGGAGAUAUUUUUAAUCAUCUUCAAAAUCCUAUAAUAAUCAUAUUUACUCAUUUUAAACUACAUUUUACUCAACACAAAAAACAACAAAAAAGGGACUUUUUUUUUUUUUUGUAUGCUGAAGCUGCCUUCUCACAGACGUUCGCCUCAGAGCGACCAUGUGACAAAAAAAAAAAAGCCACUUGAAGACUUUUGAGACACAUUUCAAGUCCUCACCACCGCACUUUACUGUCUGAGUUAUUAAAAAACAAAACAGAUAUCGUCAUCUUCCUUGAAGGAAUUUGUACAAUUGCUUAAAAUGAUGCAAUCAUGUUUUUUUAAUAGAUUUCUCACAGUUUAAUAAUUAAAAUGAAAUAAUAAAAAUGAUGACACAUCA